AUGGGCAAGAUCGCCGACCUUGAGUCGCGUAUUGCCAAGCAGCGCCGGAUUAUUGAGGGAUUCCAGUCCCUAUGCCAUGCAACGCCGAAUCAGGACGUGAUCCGGCAGGCUGAAUCUAAUAUCCGCAGUGCGCAGCAUACGAUUUCGUUCCUGGAGGAGAGCCUCGCGCAGCUGCAGCGGCGUGGCUCGCUGUCCGAGACAGUGUCAGCUGGGCCAGAUGGUAUUUCUGUCCCCGUCUCCCGGAAGAGCACCGGGUCGAUCUCGGAGGCGUCGCUUGUCGCCGCACAGCCGAGUCCGAUACGUGCUGCUCACGCCGCACCGUCGUUCCCCAUCGACAGCAGCGCCGCGUAUCGCAACCAGGAGCUGAAUGGUGUACAAGACACCGCACGGAGGGUUUACACCGCGCUCGAUCUGCUGCGCUACGACACGCCGCUGACAAACGCCAAGGUACAGCGCAAGCUGGACCAGCUGCAGUACAAGCUGCAGCUAGAGCGACAGUACAAGCUGGGCUAUGAUAAAAUUGCGCAGCUGUACCAAGCGGAGGGUGACCGCCGGAUCCAGGACGACGCCAAGCACCAGCGCAUGGAGACAGCGAGCAAGAUGGUGCUGAUCCAACAGGCGCUUAGUCGAUACCAGCACCUGUACAUCCAGGAUGGGCAGGAGAUCGAGAAUCCAUACGUGAAUCGCCGGCCCCGCAAGCCGCAACCGGGCACUCUGCGCAUCGCCAUCGAGGCGGCACGCGACGUGGACCAUGCACCCAUGCCUAGUGGCCAGCGCCUCGCCCGCGAGUCGUACGUCGCUGUCAAGAUUGAAGAGCAGGAUCGCGUGCAUACUCACGCCUCGCGCAGCGAUACGUGGGGCGAGCGCUUCGAGCUGCCGAUGGAAGACACAAGCGAGGUCGAGCUGAUUCUCUUCGAUCGCGUCGGCACCACUGCGCCUGUGCCCGUCGGCCUCGUGUGGUUGCGCGUGAGCGAUAUUGCGGACCACCUGCGCAAGAUCAAGUUCGGCCAGGUCGGUGCCGACGGCGCAGGCCCCUCGCCUGCCAUGGAGGCACCCAACAUGCCGGAUACGGCCGCCCCUGGUACCAACGCAGCGGCGGACCAGGGCGUAGAAGGUUGGUUUACUGUCGAGCCAACCGGAGCGCUGUACUUGCGCCUGAACUAUGUCAAGCAGAACGGCCCUAAGCGCCCGGUCGAGCAGGGACUGGGACGCCAGGGCGCCGUGCGUAUGCGCCCGAAAGAGGUGUCCGAGGUCAACGGUCACCGUUUCGUUGCGCGUCAGUUCUACCAAAUGAUUCGCUGUGCUUUCUGUGGCGAACUACUGCUGAAUGCCUCGGGAGCACAGUGCGAAGAUUGUCUAUACACUUGCCACCGCAAGUGCGCGCAAAAGGUUGUCAUUCGCUGCGUCAGUCGCAGUGGCACAGGCGCUGAUAACGAUGACGUGAACCUCAAGCACCGCAUUCCCCACCGCUUUGAGCCGUUCUCGAACCUGGGUGCAAACUGGUGCUGCCACUGCGGUUCAAUGCUUUCGCUUGGUCGGCGCUCCAACCCGAGUGCGACGUGA